GGAGAUCUUUACCCGGGUGGAAGCAGAACCUGAGUGUGUACUCCGAGUGUCGUGUGACGUUGCCCUGCAACUUCCAGUUCCACCGCUUCCCCUUCGGCUCCCACGUGUGCAACGGGACCUUCUACUUCCUCAAGGCUGCCGUCGAGAUGAUGUGGAAGAGAAAAACUACAGUGGACGACGCUGAAUAUAACGGGGACUCCAACCUCCUCGACUUCCGUCUCGUCAACGUCACAAGCGAAACCGCCGUCACUCCCCUGACGGACGGCAAAGAGCUGACUUUCCUGGUCAUCAGCCUCCAUCUGCAGAGCCUGUUCGACUACCACCUGCUGAACAGCUUCGGCCCGAGCGCCCUCAUGUUCGUCAUCUGCUACGCCACGCUCUUCAUCCCCAUCAGCGACUUCAACGAGAGGAUCAUGGUGUCCCUCACCGCCAUGCUGGUGCUGGCGGCGCUCUUCUCACAGGCCACCGACUCCUACGUGAAGACGCCCUACUUUAAGCUCAUAGAUAUCUGGUACGCCAUCAUCAUCGCCCUCUGCUUCAUCAUCGUCCUCGUCAACGUGGGCGUCAAUCGAGUCCGGCUUCAGGGCGGGUAUGAAGCCCUGGAGGGUGUGCCGAAGGAGAGAGGUAGAGCAGAUUGGACGAAUAUGGUUUGCAAGAUACUCAUUCUUCUGGUCUUCGUCAUUCUUGUGCUGGUAUUUGCUCUGUUUGCAGCCGAGAUUGUCUAACUGCUGCCCGCGUGUUCUUCCCUUCUCGAAUAUCUCCCCAACUUACUGAAACUGGGAACAUGUAAGAUAGG